UUUAAACUAAAUCAGUCAAAUGUUGGAAAUCUCUUAAACCCCUAAAACCCAGCCACUGCUUCAUCACGGCCUGCAAAAAAAUGGCACGUCUAAUCCGAGCCAUAAGAAGAACCCUAAAUUCAACUCAAAACGCCCUAAUUCCCCAAAUUCAAUUCGCACAACCACAACACAAAAGCGAAAUUAAGCUAAACCCAUUUCAAUUCGCAACAAGAAAUUACAUUUCAGAAAUGCGCAAAUCUGCAAUUAAAGAGAACAUGAUUAGAUUACUACGCAAUGAAAUUCAAUACGAAUUCGAUCGUGCCCCUCCCAAACAGCCUGUUACAGAGUUCAAGUCCUUCAAGAUUGAUGAACGCCCCGGUGAGCAGUGGAUAACAAUGAAAAGGAAAUAUGCAGAGAAUGAAGAUAUUAAGAUAGAAGCAACAAUGUUUGAUGGAGCUGUUCCGAGUUUUAAAUCGAGUGAUGUUUCCAAGGAUAAUAAAGUGCAGCUUCACAUUACUUUGGUUGUUUGUAUCUCAAAGGGUGAUGGUGAUGCUUUUGAGAUUAUGUGCUCAGCUUGGCCAGAUAGCUUACAGAUUACAAAGCUUUUCAUUCGCGGCAGUGAAAAAGUGACAGCUAAGGCCUAUAUUGGUCCUGAUGUCGAUGAAUUAGAUGAUGAACUACAAGAUUCACUUUACGAUUUUUUGGAAGCAAGGGGUAUAGAUGAUGAAAUGGCAGCUUUCUUGCAUGAAUACAUGAAGAACAAAGAUAAAACUGAAUACAUUAGGUGGAUGGGUACUGUCAAAUCUUACAUUGAAGAGUAGAGAUUGUUUUCUAGUGGUGGAUUGGUGAUUAUACUUUAUAUGAUCCGAAAAUUUACUAGCUUUCGAGUGGUAAGACGGAUCAACAGAAUGCCAGAUUGAUAAGCGCAAUCCACAUGCCCUUUUUGUUAUAAUCUCUAGUCUUCUGGGUUAUAAUUGUAACUGAACUUUGAGUUGUAAUUUACUUUUUGUGGACCUGAUCAAGUAUGCAUAGAAGUGAAGCAGAAGUACAUUUUUAGCCCUGGAUGAAAA